AUGGAAUCGUCGGUACGAAUAGGUUGAAAUGGCCGAAAAUCUGACCUUUUAGGGAUUCGGAGCAAAAUCGCUGACUAAUCUAGCCAGUCUUUCGACUACAACAGGCCUUACUAACAAAGUAAGAUGUAUAGGACUUCUGUACAACGAAACCUGCCUCAACAACGAAAAAUUUCAGUAGUCCUUUGCGAUUUGUUGCGCAGGGCUUUCACUGUGUCCCAUUUUUUUUAACUCUUAAGAUUGCCUUUUUGGAAAAUCUUGGCCAUUAGGCGGCGGAUGACUAAAACCCCCAAAAGCCGCUGAAUUCCUCAAAUCCGCGGUUCAUUUGCAUACGCAAACAUCACAAAUUGGGGCGUUAAAACGUCAAAAAUAUGCGGAAGGAAGGCCUGAAUGCCCGUUUAAUAGCUUAUAUCCUGUUUUAAUGUUCGCCAAAAAACGACAAGACACCGAACAUGGGUGGCCACAAUAACAUAAAUUGUAUGUAGAAAGAUUAUAGUUCUGGAAAUUGUAGCCGUAUCCUUCCAAAUGCUGCGGAGAAAAGGCAAUUUUUUGGCAAAGUUAAUGGAGCUUGCCUAAGGUAUCAUAAUAUAAUUUUUUGAGCAUGGCCAAGAUUUUUGCAAAAUUUGGGACAAAAUGAAGAUAAUAAUAAAGGAAGGCGGGCUUAUUCAGCGAUUUCCAACCACCCACAAAAGGCUUUGAAUCCUUUCUACAUGACCGAAUGCGGGAAAAGAGAAAAAAACAUACGCUAAAUCAUGUUUUCAGGUGCAAUUUGGCAAGAUACGCUUGUAAUUUGAUGGAAUUUGUUGUGUCACGGCUGUUGUAACAAGGUAGUCCCCGGUUUGAUGUUAGAAAACCGAUUUCACAUCAACGCAAGCACGUUAUUACCACCAACAUAUUAUUCUCGAACAUUACGAAAAAAUGAACUCCAAGAAUAAAUCCAAUAACUGUAGAUGACACUUACCCAUGCGUAACAUAUUUGGUAUCAAACAAAAUGGGGUUGUCUGAGGAUUCAGGGAAAAAAGAAUUUUAAGAUUUGGCCAAAACUGAAGAAGUUAUAGUCAAUUCAAAUCGGGCCACAAAGAUGCCCCACCCUGUAUAUGAAUUUUGAUAAAAAUCGAUGCUAUAGUAUUACAUGACUGCUGACUUCAAAAAAGGGCGUCACGACACUUGCGGGCAACCACUUUGCGGGCAAAAUUUGGGGGGGUCACAUUUGCGGGCAGCUGAAACAUUUGCGGGCAGCUGAGACAUUUGCGGGCAACCGGCACUUGAGGGUAACAGGGUGGAGGUGGAAAAAUUACGGCGAUAUUUUGGAAAUUUGCCGACAUUUGCCCGCAAAGUGGCUGCCCGCAAAAAAUUUGCCCGCAAACUGGUUGCCCGCAAAGUGGUUGCCCGCAAGUGUGCGCCCGCCCAAAAGAGCUCCAAUUAAGACCAUGGUUGAUAAUAAUAACACACGAUCUUGAAUCGUCAAUAUCAGCCAUUCUGUAAGUAGAGCCCACGACAUGUAAAUACAGAACAUGGACUAUUUCGUUUGAAGUAGGUGGACUACGGCCUUUAUGGAAAGUUGUUGACUGUACUUGUGACACCGCGGAUAACGGGUUCUUUUAAUUUAUUUUCAGUCUGUCAUCCUAAGAAGGGUUCAGAUCAACAAAAUAAAGGCUGUAAUAACAUCAAAUGUCAGUAUAUGUAAAACCGGUGAGUUUUUUCUUAACCUUGUUUACUCGCACACAAGCAAACGUUGCUUAUUUUUUAGAGUGCAAACAAUAUUUUCGCUCCUCUUGGACGCCAGUUUCUUCUCUCAUUUUGCCCAUUCUCGAUCGCUGCUGCGAAUCGAUAUGGUCAAGAUAAUACGCGUUUCUUUUCUGUUUUCCAUAUUUUACUAUGCAAGCGCACUUGACGGACGGUUCGAAAGCCCCUGGUGGUAUGUUUCGUUGGAUUCCUUGGCAUAUUGAUGUUCAGGGAGCAGAAAAGUUGGGGUCCGACCACUACCGAGGGGCCGCCGCAGCCAGGAGUGCGGACCCGAAGCUUAUCCGGAACAUUUGCGUCCGACGGCAGAAAACAAACCAACGCCGAUGUCAUUCUGCUGAUCACCGUCGGGUUGCGAGACGGAUUUGCAAUCAGAAGAGUGAAGGCAUUCAAUGAUCGGGUUUACUUGGAUCGAUACAGAAGAAGUUAUUGGCUGGGGACGAGAUAUUAUGCCCAAGUAAGGGGAGCCCUGAGUUUUAAACGCCGCUUUUUCCAGGACAACUUGUAUUAUCUCGAGACCCGGGACACCUGCAUUUACAACAUGGAUCCCGAAGAACGGAAUGAAAUUGAAUACGAAGACGGGGAGCCUAUUUCUCAAGUAGUUUUUCAGUAUGUUUUAAUUUUUUUUUAAAUUUUUCUACAACAUAAUUCACAAUAUUUUUAGAUGCCAACGGUACGCCCAAUAUUGCUGUGGCCUUGAUUGUUGCCAGAAUACUUUCAAGAGGCAAGCUGAUCUGAUCUAUGGGAAUUCACUGGAAGCUAAGAAUGCCGUAAUGAGUGUAACCUCGUCUGUGAUAGUUCUCAUGUUUUUGGCUUUAGUCUGCUUGUUUUGA